AAUUAUGGAAUAUGUUGAAUGAUAAAAAUUAUUUGUCAGAUCCUCUGACGAAAGAGUUCAAAGAUAAUUUGAAUAAGUAUUCAAAUUCUACAAUUGCUUCAGUCGUCGGCUUACUUCUAAAGCAUGAAGCAACACAAUUGGGACAAGCAGAAUUUGAUGUUGAAUCUUAUGACAUCGACGCAAAUGGAAAUCACAAACAUUACUAUACUGGCUAUGAAAGAUAUGAAAUGAAAUAUAAUAAAAACAACAAUCAAAUCCAAGCUGUUAGUAAAAAAUCCUUUCAUAAAAUUGCAAGGGAAAUAUCGCAUGAAAUGGAACAUGACGAUCUUGGAAAUGUGAUUAAAGCAUCUCACAAAGGCAUAAAAAAAAUAGAGUACGACAAAGUAUCAAACCGCGUGACGCGAUUUAUAAAAGAUAAUGGGAUGCAAAUAAGUUUCCGUUAUGAUGCUUUAGGUUUUCGAGUUUCAAAACGUGUCACUGAUGCAAAUGGCAAUUUUUUGCGGGAAAUACAAUACAUCAGAGAUUCCAUCGGCAGAGUCCUAUCUGAAAAGGAAAUUGUUAAUAUGGGAGACGAUAUUCCUCUUAUUGAAGUAACCACAGUUUAUGUCUACGGACCAAGAGGGAUGUUAGGAUUUUACAGGAAUGGAAAAUUCUUUGUUGUUCUGACUGAUCAUGAAGGAUCCACUAGACUGGUGGUUCAAGAUAAUAAAGUAGUAGCAGCUUAUGAUUACCUUCCAUAUGGAGGGCUAAUGAGAAAACUCGAUUCUAAGGGACUUGGAGUCCGUUAUAGGUAUACCGGACAGGAAUGGGAUGAAGAACUAGGACUUUACUUUUUUAGAGCACGAUUUUAUGACCCAGAAAUCGGACGUUUCUUCCAAGUCGAUCCACGCAAUCAAUAUCCUAGUCCCUAUAAAUUUGCAGGAAAUUCGCCAGUGUCUGUUAUUGAUCCAGAUGGCGAAUUUGCUUUUCUCUUGCCUUUUUUAGCUGUUGGUUUGGCCAUAGGUGGGGCCUACUUAGGUGGAGCUGCAGCAAAUAAAUCUUGGAAUCCACUUAAAUGGGACUGGAAAAGCACGUCAACUUGGUUGGGUAUAAUAGGUGGAGGAAUUGCUGGCGCUGUUGCUCCAUUUGCUGCAGUACAAUCUGCAGGAUUAUUGGUCAGCCUUGGUCUUUCUCAAGCUGCAGCAUGGGGUAUUGUCGCAACAACGGGAGUUGCAUUUGCGUUUGGUCAAAUUGCAUCAAGUCAAGGCAGUUGGAAUCCAGCAAAAUGGGAUUUUAAGUCUCCUGAAUUGUGGAGUUCAUUGUUUCUAGGUGCCACGUCUGGAGUUGGUAUUUUAAGUGUUACGAAGAGUUUGAAAUCAUUUGUUUUAGAUAUUAAAAAGUUUCUCACUCUAGGUGUAUUAAAAAAAUUUGCUUUUAUUGGUAAAGUAGUUAUCAAUAUUGGUUCUGGAGCUGGUAGUUUCGUGUUGAACGGUUUUGCAACAAAAUGGGACAUAAAUAAUCCAGCUUUUUGGGUUGGAUCUAUUUCCGCAGUUAUAGGAGCAUCCGGAGUACCUAAAUUUUUUAAAGACUCUAAAGAAUUUUACGCUAGAAAUUUGGUCAACUUAUACAAACAGUUAAAAAAACAAAAAAUUGUUGCAUCAUUAUUACUAGGGACAAAACUUUUUGGCGGUGUGGCCACACUAGGAGUUUCUGUGUAUUUGCAUGGGGACGCCGCAACAGAUGGAAAGUGGGAUUUUAAAGAUGUUUCCACUUACGAUGGUAUCAUUAAUGGAUUGACAUCAAGUAAUGAUUAUAUCGACGCAGGACGAAUGGCGAAACAUAUAGGACAGAUACAAUACCGGGAAUCAGUAAUUAGACAAAGUAACGAUAUUGCAAAUCAUGCUGUAGCCAUAUAUAAAGAUUUAAAUACUAAUUAUCAAACUCAUCUUACCGGAGCCGAUAUUGCAGUCUAUAAAACUGGGAAUCUCCACACGGUAGUUAUAAAAACCGAUAAUGGCCCCGAUCUCGUUAUGUGGACUGAUAAAAAGAAAUCAAACGCAGAAUUUAUCAAUUAUAACAAAAAUCAAGGAGAUUAUUCCACUAAUAUAAAGCUCAGUAAUAACGAAGCAGUUAAUAAUCUAUUGCAUAAGGCAAUAGAGACCACGCAGCUAGAUUUAAAAAGAGAAAACAUACAAAUAUUUGAUACAGAUAUAAUUCCUAAAAUAAAUGAAGCAUUGGAUGUUGAUUCCGUACUAUCUAACUAUCAAACAGAUAUAACACAAAAUAAAAUAAAAAAUUUGGAUGUACUUCGAGAGAUAAUUACAAAACAAGGAUUUGUGGAUUUAAAGAAUGUUGAAGGUGCUGUACGCUCAAGUUUUGAUAAUGCAAUUUCUUCAAACCAAAAUGAAAUAAACAAAAUGCUGCACAAUAAGAGAAGAAUCCUCGAUUCUUCAAUUGAUUUGAAGGAAAAGAAUAAAAUACUAGCUAAAAUUGAUCAACAAUUUGUAAUUUUGAAUGAUGAUUCUCCAGAAGUGACAAAUAAUAAAAUAAAUGAAGCCAAAUUCAAAAUAGAUCAUGAGUUGAAAACUUUAGAAAAUAUAAAAUAUAAAAUCAAAGAAGUUCAAAAUAAUGCUAUUGGAAAAGUACUUGAUAAGGACCAAGGCUUAGCAAAGUAUACCGAAAAUAUGGAAAGUAACUGGAUAAAAAACGAUCCUUUGCGCAGUGCAGAAGUUAAAGCCCUUAGUAGUUAUUUUGAAACUCCUCCGAAAUUUUCAAAAGUAGCAAGAAAGGGUUUUAUAGACGGUGAAAUUAUGUUGAGCUAUAAAUUGAGUGAUCAAAUGAAUCUUGUACCCAAAGCAGAAUAUAACAAAAUAAUACAAGAAAAUACUAAGAUUAAAAUAAAUGAUCUUUUAUGGUAUGAGAAGUUGGGCGAAUGGCAGAAAGAUUUUGAAGAAUAUUAUAUGUUAUAUAAACCUAAACAACAAAUACUAAUUGCAACUGAAGAAGGCAAAAAUCCAAAAAAACGUUCUAUAAUAAAUGUUUAUGACGAAGAUUUGGAUAGUUAUGAAAAACAAUCGAAAAACGCACUGAAUCAAAAUAUAAGCCGACGUUUCGGCAUAUUGUCACUUUUCCGCCGUCCUAUAAAUGCUGUGACUACUUUUGUGCAAAACCUUACCAAACCCCUUAUACAUCCAGAAUUUACUGAUACAUUUGAAGUUCCACGUCUUACUAGUAAUAAUGGUUUUGAUAGUGCAUCCAGCAAUAUUACAAGAAUAGAUAGAAGUAACUUGCAACUUAACAGCAACCUUCUUCUUCUUGAUGUCAUUGCGAGAAAACUCACAAAACAACGAUAUAUGAACCCAAGUACAGAAAUUGAUCCUUUUGAAGCCCAAUUGAUAUCGAUGAAUAUUAUUGAAAACUUUGAAAAUGUUGCUUUGGAAUUAUAUGGAAUCGAUAUUAAUGAGUUUUUAAAUGUAUCAGAGAUUCAAACAGAAAUAUACAAUGCGAUAAUGACGGAAAACUACAAGAAUGUGCCGUAUUUAUUAAUGAUGUAUUUGGAAGAGAUCAUCGUGUUAUUAGACCAGGAAAAUUUCAGUGACGAUAUUGAUAUUGCUGCCAUAGUGAAAGAUAUUUUGAAAGAUUGUAUUUGAAGAAGAUAUCAAGAUUGAAAAUGGUAACCCAAGACCUAAAAUUCAAUAUACAUAUAUAC